GCAUACUUGAAAUGCGCCUCCCAGCGGGUUCAUUCUUUGCGCCGAACUACUCCCUAGACCAUUCCCUCGAGAUGCGACCGUACGAUUUCCGCGCAGCGACCCUCCUAUCGCUCACCUCAUCGUGGUUGUUUCCUCUUGCCUUGUGUUCCGUGCUUACCGCUUAUAACGUACAAGGACCCUUGACUGUCGGCUCCGCGACAUCGACGAGUGAUACUGCAGCAGGAACAGCCAUGUACGACCCCCCAUAUGGGUCUUAUAGCGGCUAUGCUGCGUACAACCCCAUCGUCCUCGCGCCGCCUGCCGUCCCUUCUAACUUGUCGACUCGAUACGAUCUGGUGCUGCCGGGAAGCGCCUCCGAUGUCCAAGGACUGAGCAUCCCGCAAAGUGGUUCGUUCUUAGGCUUUUCAGUCGAGAUGUCGGUAGCCACCCAAGUCAUUGGCAUCAACGCCUCAUUUCUACAGGUGUCUUUCUUAAACCUUAUGCAACUUGUAGCGCAACGUGGCGGAAGCGUCAACGUUCGUGUAGGGGGUAAUACUCAAGAUUACGCGGUCGAAGUCACAGAAGUCACAGACAAUCGUGGCAUAUGCAUCAAAAAGGACAUCGACGACACUCGUAAUCCAACAGACACACCGACUCUGCUUUUCACACCCGAAUUGCUCUACAUGCUAUCGAACGUAUCCGCGCUCGUCAAUGUCAAUUGGUGGCUCGGCAUCCCAUUCAAUGACACCUCCAAUUGGCGACUGGGAAUCGCCGAGACCGGCGAAGCUGUCCUCGGCGACAGGUUGCUGGGGUUCCAGGUCGGUAACGAACCCGACCUUUACGCCUUGCACGGGCACCGGGCUGCAAACUACAGCGUCUGGGACUAUUUUGGGGAGUUCGCUGAGAUCGUCGAAGCGAUUGCUGCCGACGACAACAUACCGAUGCGUAACAACCUCAUCGCACCGAGCGUGAGCGGAACAUGGACGCCCGAAGAUGUCUGGAACACCGGCUUUCUGACGUCAUAUGAUUCGAGCCUCGGUGCUCUAGCUGUUGAAAAGUAUCCUGACGACAACUGCGCUGCCCUAUAUCCCGGCGGUGAUUUCGGCCCCGCAAAGGACCCACAAGGCGUAUUCGCCAAUUAUCUCAAUCACACGUCCGGCCAAUUGUUGGUUCAGCCCUACCUCGCGUCUACAGCGCUAGCCCAACAAAAUGGGAAGCCGUUCUACAUGUUUGAAACGAACACAGCGAGCUGCGGAGGCUUUCCGGGCGUCAGCGACAGUUUCGGUGCGGCUUUAUGGGCAGCCGACUACGCUCUGCAGAUGGCAUACAGCAAUUUCUCAGCUGCAAAUCUUCACGUUGGCGGCCUGAGCGAUUCAUAUAACCCCUUCAUCCCACCGCCAACGAAUGAGUCAUUGUUCCAGGGCUGGACGAUCGGUCCGGUAUUUUACUCCGUACUGGCCGUAGCAGAGGCUCUCGGCUCCUCCAACACUUCCCGCGUGAUUGACCUCAAUGCCAACAAUGGCAGCAUCUACACGCCCGCGUACGCUAUCUACGAGAACAACGCCCUCGCAAGGCUAGCGCUCUUCAACUACGUCUCGGAUGCCAGUGGGGCUAGUAAUGUCACUGCGACCAUUUCUAUCGAUGGCGGUCGAAUGGGCGAGCAAGUAAGCACCCCGCAAACCGUGAAGAUCAAGUACCUCGCGGCAGAAAGUGUUGCCGUCAAGGAGAAUAUCACUUGGGCGGGUCAGACCCUAGGCAGUCGAUUCGAAGUCGAUGGCCGCCUCAAAGGCGGAGAGAAUGUGCAGACCGUGCAGUGCGAUACGUCCUCCGGCACUUGUCAAGUGAACGUUCCCGCACCGGGGUUGGCCCUCGUCUUCCUCUCCGACACCGCCUACGAGGAGGUCGAGCCAAGCAGCGUGGUUACGUUUGCGACCACGUCUGUAACCAACCCACUUGUGACUGUGACCGUCAACCCAAGCGUGCUUUCCACAUCGAACGGGAACGGAAGCAUCGUCCUCGGGGCUACGGACCACAGCAACAGAGCGGUGCCGAGAGGUAGUGUGGGUGUCGGUUUGUCGGUUCUCCUUGCAGCAGCGACGAGCUUUGUGUUGCUCAAGCGAAUGGUGUGAGUGAUGGCAGUUAGUGCUGUAUGGACAUCGGAAU